GAGCGCUGCGGCCCGAGCGGGCGGUGCUGCGGCCCAGCCCGUGUGCGUCCGCCAGAGCCGGACCGCGGCAGGAGAGAUCAGGACCAGAUGAGCAGAGGGAGGUUUCUCUGAAGAUCAGAGUCGCCCCAGCCGUGCCCCGGGAAGCGGCGCGGCCUCCGGCUGUCCCCGCUGCGGGCCUGGAACAGCGAGAGGAGGAGGGAAGAUGUCCCACGCUCUAAAGCAAGUGUUCAACAAAGACAAAACCUUCCGGCCCAAGCGCAAGUUCGAGCCGGGCACGCAGCGGUUCGAGCUGCACAAGAAGGCCCAGGCCUCGCUCAACGCCGGGCUGGACCUGAAGGUGGCCGUGCAGCUGCCCCCGGGCGAGGAGCAGAACGACUGGGUGGCCGUGCACGUCGUGGACUUCUUCAACCGCAUCAACCUGAUCUACGGCACCAUCAGUGACUAUUGCACCGAGCAGUCCUGCCCCGUCAUGUCGGGGGGGCCCAAGUACGAGUACCGGUGGCAGGACGAGCACAAGUACCGCAAACCCACUGCCCUGUCGGCCCCCCAGUACAUGAACCUGCUCAUGGACUGGAUCGAGGUGCAGAUCAACAACGAGGACAUCUUCCCCACUAACGUUGGUACUCCCUUCCCCAAGAACUUCCUCCCAGUGGUGAAGAAGAUCCUCUCCAGGCUCUUCCGGGUCUUUGUCCACGUCUACAUCCACCACUUUGACAGGAUCACCCAGAUGGGCUCGGAGGCCCACGUGAACACCUGCUACAAGCACUUUUACUACUUUGUGAAAGAGUUCAAUCUCAUAGACACCAAGGAGCUGGAGCCCCUGAAGGAAAUGACCUCCCGGAUGUGCCACUGAGCUCUGACCUUCCUGCUCCCACCUCGGCGCCUCCUCCGAGGGCUCAGCCCCGCUCCCGGCCUGGAGACGUGGUUCAAGGGGACAACAGAGACGUUUUCUUAAAGAAAUUAUAUAUUUUUAAUGAGUUUCAAUGUAAAACUGUGAUAUUGCAGGAAUAUUUUUUUAAAGAUGCUCUAGAUUAACUAGUUUUUUAUAGUAAUUUCUAUAAAAAAAAAAGAGAAAAUAUUUUGAGGGCCAUUUGAUGGGAAUGUCCACUCUUGGAGAGGGGAAGAGCUGCCCUGAGCUGCCCCUGCCCUGUGCCCCGAGUGAGCUGAGCCAGCUGCUGCAGGCAGAGCUGUGUGUGGAGCUGGUGCUGCCAUGGAAGCGGUACUUCCCUCGGGACACCCGUCCCGCCCCUGCAGGCAGGCAGGCAGGCUGCCUGGGGACUGGGGAGGGAGUGCUGGUGUACCCCGGUCCCCAGGGUGCUCCUUGGUCCCAGCACCUCUUCCACUGGCCAGGAGUCCAGUUUUGGGCAGAGCUGCUUUGUGCCCCCGUGCCCAAGGCUUGGCCCUGCCUGUGUUCCCUUCAGGCCAGCUGGGAGCGGGGUUUCUCCUGUGGUUGCUGCUGAUGGAGUCAGCGCUGCUGGAAUCUGCCCUGCUCCCCUGCAGGAGCAGCUGAACAAGACAACAGCAGCCACCUGGAUGAUAGAAGGAGAAGAAAAUAUUAAAGCAAAAAUAUUGUGGUCUAAGCUCUCCAGCCAGGCAGAUGUUUCCUUAUCUCCCCACACCCCCCGUGUGACUGCUCCCAGCCAGAGAACAGCCCUGCUGCAAGCAGCUUUCCAGCCUGACCUUGGGAUUCCUUUCACACACACACUAAUCUCAGCUCUGGCUUGCUCAAAACCACAAUAUUUUUGUUUUCUGCUUCUUUUAUCAUCCAGGUGGCUACUGUUGUCUUGUUUAGCUGCUCCUACACUCCCCUGGUGCAGCUCAGCACCGUCUCCACAGGGAUCCACUGGCAGCCAAGCUGUGCCUCAUGGAAGUUGAGCAGAGGGACAGGGAAUUCCUGCCCCUCACCUCGUGGUACGCUGACCCUGCCAGGAAGGACCACUUGUCCUCCGGCCUCGCUGGCCACGGGGAUCACAUCCUGCUUCCCUUUAGGGUACAGAGCCCUCUCCCUCUUCCCCAGCCCUGUGCCCAUGUGGGACCAAAAUCUCUGGUGUGCAGCCAGAGCCCCCCUGGCCUUGCCUGCUGCUUGCACAGUGAGAGCUCCCAGUGCCCCCAGUAGGUAGGUGGGUCUACCUACGGUUGGGACCAGUGAGAGAAAAGGUUUCUACGAACAGUGACCAAACUACCACUCACCACUUCUUCCUCACAAAGUGUUCCUGUGCCCUGGAAUGUCUGUACAUACGUGACUCUUGUUCCUGGGACAGUCGUACAAACACCCCUCGUGCUCUGGAAUGGAACCAAUAAAUUAUGUUGUAUUUACACAGCA